AUGAGAGCGUCGACAUCGACACUCGCCGUGGCGCUCGCCACGCUGCUCACCACGCUCUCUGCGCUCUGCACGCGUGCGUCGGCGGAUCGUGUAUCUUUCGGUCAUCUCAAUCCACACCAUCUUGCGGCUCGCGACGCGUCGACAUUCACCGCGAAAGAGCAAGGUACGAAUUUGGGUCUCCAGGACCACACGCAGCCCGACGUACCGUCCGGGUCUCGACUCACGUCGAUCGACGUAGGCGACUCAUCGCACAAGCUCGGCGUGUAUUGGACGCGCAACCCGUCGAACCGGCAUGCGAAACAGGCAUUCGUCAUGAUCCACGGCCGCAACCGAAACGGCGCCGAUUACUGGAAGACAAUGAACGACAUUCUCACUUCCGCCGUCUCGGCAUCGUACCCGUCAGCGGAUGCCAACGCAAUCAUUGUAUCGCCUGUAUUUUACUCGCAAAAACUCAACAAGGGCCAAUACAAAACCCUCGAGUUGGCCUGGGACGACAUCAAUGCGUGGCAAGCGGGCGAGGCUGCUAUCCACCCGCACGGCGCAAAGGAAUCCAGCUUCGAUGCAUUGGAUGCGUUGUUUGACGAGUUUUCCAACUUGACAAAGUACCCGAGCAUGCAAGAGCUCGUCUUUGUCGGUCACGGAGGCGGUGCACAGCUGAUCAACCGGUACGCCAUCGUGGCAAAGGAUAUGUCGUCGAAAGAGCUCAAUGUGCGUUUCGUCGUCGGAGACCCCUCAUCCAGCGUCUACUUCACCCAAGACCGUCCCACCACCAACGCACACAUCGCAUCCAAGGCCGACUGUCCGCUGUACAACACGUGGCGGUAUGGUUUCGACAACUUCACCGGAACCCUCAACGGACUCAAGACGCCACAGGAGUAUUUUGCACAAAACGUCAAGCGCGACGUGCGCUAUAUUGUAGGCUAUGACGAUACGGCGGAAUCAGGAGACCAGUACUGCAUGGCAAUCCUUCAAGGUGGGGUAGCGCGGCGCGAUAGGAAUCUGGCUUGGUGGAAGUACAUCAACAUGCUCGCCAGAACCGACGAGGACGUGAGCGGUCUUCCGGGCAACCUGACGCUCGAGACGCUGCCGGACUGGAGCAGUCUGAGCGGCCGAACGCUGGCGCAUACAUUGACGGUGAUUCCAGGAGCCACGCACAAUGCGGACGAGGUGUUUGCAAGUCGUCAGGGAAGGACCGUCUUGUUCGCCAACAAGCAGGCCGAUGUGAUGAGCGGCUGGCGACCAAAAGGAUACAGCAAGUCUCGCGUGUCCUCGAUUUCCUUGUCGUCAGCAUCCUUGUCGACCGCCAGCGUCUCACCCAGCCCAACUGGCUCAAGUGCGUCUAGCGCGAUCGGCACAUCCAGCGCAAUGAGCCAGCAGUCCACUUCUGCAUCGCUCGUCAUCUACAGCGCGCCUCCCUGGACACUCCAAGCUGCUGCGUGCUUCGCUAUCGCCCUCGUCGUGCUUGCCUGA